CUUUCCAGCCCUGGCGUCGAAAGUACUCUUCCGCUUUGUUUCCCUUAAGACCGUGCCGCCGAGACGUCCGCCACCCGUUCGACGGAAUUCCAGCCGGCGGUGCGGGGCGGAGGUGGCGGCGGAGGAGAUGGCGUCGUUCCUGAAGGCGCUGGUAUAUGGGGCUGGGGGAAUGGCGGUAGUGGGGAUGGCGGCGCUGGUGGCGUUCCAGGAGAGGCUCGUCUAUUUGCCGGCGCCCCCGGGCUACGAUCGAUCGUACCCCAUUACCCCUUCCAACCUUCGUCUGGACUACGAGGACGUCUGGCUCCGCUCCUCCGACGGUGUCCGCCUUCACGCCUGGUUCGUCAAGCACGAUCCCCCACUACGAGGUCCAACAGUACUGUUUUUCCAAGAAAAUGCUGGCAAUAUUGCUCACCGUCUUGAAUUUGUCUGUAUAAUGAUGCAGAGACUGCAUUGCAAUGUGUUUAUGCUUUCUUAUAGAGGGUAUGGGGAAAGUGAUGGUUACCCAUCUCAGCAUGGCAUUAUAAAGGAUGCUCAGGCAGCACUAGAUCAUCUAACUCAGAGGAAUGAUAUUGACCCAUCUAGAAUAUUUAUUUUCGGGAGAUCAUUAGGAGGUGCGGUUGGAUCGGUGCUUGCAAAAAAUAAUCCUGAUAAGGUUUCUGCUCUCAUAUUGGAGAAUACUUUCACCUCUAUAUUGGACAUGGCUGGUGUUAUGUUGCCCUUCCUAAAAUGGUUCGUAGGUGGCAGUGUAUCUAAAGGUCCAAAGGUUCUCAAUUGUCUAGUACGCUCACCAUGGAGUACCAUUGAUAUCAUUGAGCAGAUCAAACAGCCUAUCCUCUUCCUCUCCGGGUUGCAGGAUGAGCUAGUUCCUCCAUCUCAUAUGCAGAUGCUGUAUUCUAAAGCAGUAGAACAUAACAGACAUUGUUUAUUUGUUGAUUUUCCAAAUGGCACGCACAUGAACACUUGGAUCUCUGGUGGAGAUCGGUAUUGGAGAAACAUUCAGUUAUUCUUGGAUCAAUAUAUUUCAGAGAUAAAUCAAUGCAAAUCAAGAUCCAAAGAGAGUGACAAUGGUGAUGACGGUAAUGAUGGUAAAGAUCCAUCCUGUCGAUCUUCUGACAUAUUGAGUUGCGAUGUUCCAUACAUGUGUAUACAAUGGAAAUCAACUUAAACUCUGGAGCUGACUAGUGCGAGGAAAGUACUAAUUUGUUAAAUCACACGCAUACAAAGUCAUGCCAUUUUUUUAUGUGCAUAUACAGAUGCAUGCAUACAUAUAAUUAAACCUAAUGGUUAAAAAACUGGGGGAAAUUCAUAGUGUUGUGUGUUUGGUGGGGCAGUAUUUUUCUGUUCGAAUUUGUCAGUUGCAUAGUCACUCAUACCUCACGACCUUGGAUACAUUGAAUUUAAUUAUUUUUUCUUCUGCAGCUUUGUAAUGACAUUAUGCAUGCCCUUUUUAGAUAUUACAGCAAGGUGAUCUACAACAUUAACUUAAGACAGAGCCCGUCAUUUUUUCAACCAUGCCUAUCAUAUAUUUCUGAUGCCGCGGCAGUUAAAUCUAUCUUUGGGAGUGACAACCAGUCUCAAUGUGCAAUGCGUUCAGGCAAUUUUGCUGGUCUUCCCAGUGCAAUGCUGAGGACGCCUUCUCAUUAUGUGAAGAUGACAAGAUUGAUUUUCUUUAGAUAAGUGCCAUGAUUGUGUUUUGAACUUGGUAGCUAGAUUAGAUAUCUAUUUAUAGUGUACAGGGUCCAAUUAUUUCUGACCUUAUGAUUGCUGUUUUUGGGUUCAACAUAGUUUGUACAAUUUCCUAACAUCUUGAUUGUAAACAAAAGAAAAAAAAAUAAUGGUUUUGCAAA